CCCCUCCUCCUCGAAGAUCUUGCAGCUUGAGAUAUUUGUUGCUCCCGGGGCUGCAGGGUCGCGCGCGCACAUUGUCCAGGUUGACAGUUGACAGUUGACAUCCCCGAUUGGAACGUGGACCCGGCGCUGGGCGGUGUCUCGCGCUCUGCUCUGCUCUGCAGCCAUGUCGCGGCUCCUGGCUCUGACCGCGCUGCGCCGCUCCGUGCUGGGCACCAGCAACCCGGCCACUGCUCAGGCUCUCUCCGCCGCCAGAGCCCCGCAGCCCGGCGUCGCUCUCUCCAUCCCCACCCCACGCAGCACCGCCGUUUCCCGUUGCUUCUCGGGCAAGACAGCGCGGGCCGGCGGUUUUCACAAGGGGCUCCUGGUGGGCGCCGCUGCACUGGUUGGAGUGACGGUAGCCGGCUUUGGCUUCAGACGUAACCAAGCUCUGAUGGUUUCCAAGAGCCCGUCUGACCGAGAGCAGCAGCACGCGUUGGAUGAAAUAUUACAGAAAUGCAAUCACUUCAUGUCGGAUCCGGUGACCGAUAUCAACAAACUGCUGGAAAAUAAGGAUGACAUGAGGACUAAGAUGGAAUUGCUGAUCAUGGAAAUCCAGGCUGAUGUUUGCAAAGCCUUGGCUGAGGUCGAAGACAGUCAGGUAUUCAAAGUAGACCGAUGGCAACGCGAAGAAGGUGGUGGUGGUAUUAGCUGCGUGCUUCAAGAUGGGAAAGUCUUCGAGAAAGCUGGUGUCAAUGUUUCUGUGGUAUUUGGAAAUCUUUCCGAAGAUGCUGCAAAACAGAUGAGGAGCAGAGGAAAAACAUUGAAGUCAAAAGAUGGGAAGUUGCCAUUUUGUGCCAUGGGAGUGAGUUCUGUGAUCCAUGCCAAGAAUCCUCACAUUCCAACCAUUCAUUUCAACUAUCGAUAUUUUGAAAUUGAAGAAGGAGAUGGUCAAAAGACAUGGUGGUUUGGUGGUGGGACAGAUCUGACGCCUACGUACCUAAAUAAAGAUGAUGCAGUUCAUUUUCACAAAACUCUCAAGGAGGCCUGUGAUAAACAUGAUCGAAGUUAUUAUCCAGCUUUUAAAAAAUGGUGCGACAAUUAUUUUGUCAUUAAGCAUCGUGGAGAGCGGAGAGGAGUGGGCGGUAUAUUCUUUGAUGACUUGGAUACACCCUCCGCGGAAGAGCUCUUCAAAUUUGUGCGCAGCUGUGCCCAGGCAGUGGUUCCAUGCUAUGUUCCCAUUGUGAAGAAGCACGUCCAUGACUCUUUUACACCAGAGCAAAAAGCAUGGCAGCAGCUCCGAAGAGGCAGAUAUGUAGAGUUCAACCUAAUUUAUGACAGAGGAACAAAGUUUGGUCUUGCAACUCCAGGAUCCAGGAUAGAAAGCAUCCUGAUGUCUCUUCCCCUGACAGCUAGAUGGGAAUAUAUGCAUAAUCCUGCCAAAGGCACCAGGGAGGCGGAAAUACUUGAGGUAUUAAAAACCCCCAAAGACUGGGCCCGUUAAUGUGAAUCAACAAGACUGAAUGUGAGCACUGAAGUCCAAACUUGUCCAUCUUUUACUGCACUGUUUUGUAAAACCUAAACGCGUGUAACAUAAUUUUUAACACAAUGGCUAUUACCAUUUUCCAUCCUAAGAAAACGUGCUGCAAUUUCUUGUGGAAAAAUUGAAUCCUUUUUAAACACUGUUCACGUACACUUUGUAUAUGUUGUCUUUUUAAAUUCUAAACUCUCCAUCUCAGCACUGAGGUGAAUGGAAAUAGAGGGAAAAAAUUGUUUCAGUAGAUACUGAUGUCAAAAUGUCAAUGUCUUUGGGACACGAGCCAUAUCUCUAAGCAAAGUGUAUAUUUUGCCUUAAUUUAAAAUGUGCAGUCUUUUCAGAUUUGCUGCAUGUAUUGUAAGUCUUGUGCAUUUUUUUAUAUUAGUAGUUGAGUUUAGUAUAAUGGGAAUAAAUGAAAAAAUUAAUGCAAUGGAAAAAUGCAUUUAUCAAAGGAUGUCUUGAUAUAUUUAUAAUAUUUUUCCAAAGUUGAACCUGUUUAUACUUACAAACAUUUAGAAAAAUCAAAGUGCAACAAUGAUUGUUUCCAAUAUAGAGUAAAGAUUCAGCUUCUUAUACUUUGAUUAAUGAAAGGAGAAAUUGUCAUCAUGGGGGGUGGGCUGGAUACAAUGAAUAAUUUGAAAUAAGAUUGUUUACAAAUUUUUUUUUUCCCCCAUGUGCCUAUUUUUUAAAUUUCAAUGACUUUUCAGAACACUUUAUUUCUUUCUGGUGUUGGGAUUUUUAAGUAGUAUAUGCAUUAAAAUAUUAAUUGUUUCAAUAAAAAGAUAAUAUAUGAUAAUUUGAUAUUUGUGCAUUACUCACAAAAUGUAAUAAACAGUCACUAU